AUGGAACCGAAACAGGAAGGCACGAAUCCGAUCCGAUGGCCGGAGUACUCGGAUUGUCAGUUUGAAGACUGUGCAGAUUGUGGAUUGGUAAUUCUUGGUUCAAUGUUCACGUGCAACCUCUGCGACAACCAUCAUAUCUGUGCAUCCUGCUAUAACGACACAAUUGUUGAAGAAAGUAUUCAUUCCAAAAAAUCUCAAAACCUUCCAGCAGAACAUCCACAUAUGCAUCAUUCCUACCGGUUAGACAUGUCUCCAUUUGGAAAACUUGCAUUUCCGGUACAUGACAACCCAUGCGCAAGUUGUGGCUCCAAAGUUUUUCCGGGAUUACGCUACGUGUGUCCAGAGAUCUGCCCUGACUACGGUAUCUGUGCGACAUGCUUCAUUAAAAAGAAAGGAACCGAUGAGAUAGAAUUGUUUGAGGCAGUCCAGGCGAAUCCGAAACUAGAGAAGAAAUAUCAGAUUGGUGCAGCAAUAGUAACACAGAAGUAUUAUGGUAUUGGGUUAGCAAGACUGGAUUGGUUUCAGAUUUGUAAGGAUGAUGAGGACCAAAUGAAAAACCUCGGUCGUAAAAUUGGGUUUGCCGUUUACCAAUACCCUACAAACCUUCCACAAGAAGAGAGAAACAGCUUGAACCCAGACCAACUGGAGGAACUGAUGAAGAAUAUUGAACAGGAGGCGAACCGGGAGGCCAAUAAUAACAAUACCAAGACUAAGAAAAAGUUUGACUCGAAAUUUAUACCAGAGUUUGGAUAUACUAAGGAGCAAGAAGAACAUAUAAUAAAACUUCGUGAUGAAUUAUUCGACAUCAACCGAAGACAGAAAAAGUAUAAAGAAGGAGAGUCUAACAUUGUGGAAACAAAAUUUGUUUUCGUCAGUUUCUUCGCAGAUGGAUCUCACUCAAACAUUCUUCCACUAAUUUGUCUCCGUAUAAGUGACACCAGAACAAUGUAUGUGGAAUCCACUGGAAGGGCCUACGAUGAUUGGGAUGACUUUUUGAGUAAGAACAAACUUCCGGAAUGUAACAUUUUGUAUCCGUAUGAUGGUCUCUAUGAGAUGGAACCGGGUGGUAUUCUCAAUUUGCGUUAUGAUAUUUCUCGCAGAAGCAAGCUCCCUAGUAAAAUUGCUAAGAUCAGUGACCGGAGCGCCAUGGGAAUCGGAAUCGCUGCCACCAUUGGCUCGGUUAUUGGUCUCUUCACACCACUCGCACCAGUUGCAGCUACAACUCUCCUCUAUACUGCAAUUGGCACAGGUGUCUACACAAUGGCCAGAUCUGGAUAUCACAUUGUGGACAGAGCAACUCAUAACGAAAAUGUGAAUCCACUGCGAAGUCGUGAGAACUUUGUGGAUUGGUUAGCUGUAGCUGCAUCACUCGCAUCUUUUGGAGCUAUUGGAGGAUCUGCGUACCUCACGGUGAUGGCCACUCAAGGAAUUGAAGUCAGUCAGGCUAUUGAAUACACAGUGAACGCUGCGAUUUUCGCAAACUUUGCAGUGUCUGGUAUUGCAUUGACCGCUUCGGGAUACAACAUUUUCGAAAAGGUUGCAAACGGAGAACGACCAACUCCAUUGGAGCUCUUCCAAUUCUCCACCAGUUUGUUGUUCUUCACUAACGCAGCGGUAAACCUUCAGACGGCCGAAAGACUGAUUCAACAGACAACUCAAGAAAAGAUUAAUGAUUAUCGAGAUGGUCUCAAAACAGCAGAAGACAAGCAACAAUUUGAUAAUACCAUUAACGAGAAUAUGAAGAAAACUGAAGGACAGUCUGGAAAUUCAAAAAUCAAGGCCAAUCUGGAAACCAUUAAAGACAUCCACAAGGCCAUGCUUGCAGAUAAACACGUGGAAGCACACAUCCAUGAACAUGAACUACCGAAGAAAUCAAAACCAAUGCCUUCAUCUAGUGUUCCAAAAAUGCAAGCCAAACAACUAUCCGUUUCUGACAAGAAGAUAGUUGAGGAACACUUACAAGCGCUCGAUGCCAAAGGUUUGGCUAAGCUACCAGCUAGCAAGCAGAAGAUCACAACUUAUUUGAAUGUUGGUUGGGAUGAUAUUGCUGCAAAAGUCAAGGCUGUGUUGUCAGGAGGUGCAGGAGGAGCUAUAACUGAGAAGUUGAUUGAAGGAAAGUCCAAAAAAGUUGUUACAAUUGACAAUGGUGAUGAAGGGUUCAUGGGAGCAAAAGUGGAAUCAAUUCCAAAUGGUGUUUCUAUAAGAAAAGGAGUUAUUGAUAGAAUCGAGAUUACUUUGAAUGAUGCAGGAGAGCCGAUUCCACAUUUUGUUGAGGGCACUAUCAGAUCGGGGACUGAACAAAGUGUUGUCAGAAUCCGUCUUGAAAACCGUGGCGCAUUGGGAAAUAUCCGUGCUAAACCGAAAGUGAGAAUGUACAAAGAGAAUUCAUCAAAAGGAGUGGAAAUCGAUGAUCAGGAGCUAUCAGAGAACUAUUUCAUGUGCUACGAUUGGUCAUAA